CCUGAUCACGUUCAACUUGAAGUCAUAUGACCGCCAGUGGAAGGUACUUACAGGAGUCUCGGAGGAGUUCAGGUUCAUUCCGGUCGUUUAUGUUCACCAAAAAGAGCAUAAAAUGUCUUCUUUGCGUGUGUUAUUGUGUUUUCUCGCCGUGUUUGUAUAUGAUGUGCGCGGGAUAUACGAUCCAGAUGAGGUGAUGGAUCUGCCAGGCAUGUCUUUUAAACCCACCUAUCGUCAGUGGUCAGGAUAUCUGAAGGCUAGUUCUGGAAAAUUUUUGCAUUAUUGGUUUGUGACUUCUCAGAGGGACCCCAUUAGAGAUCCAGUCGUGCUUUGGCUAAAUGGAGGGCCAGGCUGCAGCUCUUUGGAUGGGUUUCUGUCAGAAAAUGGCCCGUUUCAUGUCAACGAUGAUGGAACUACCCUUUAUGAAAAUGAAUUCAGCUGGAAUAAAAUUGCCAAUGUUCUGUAUCUCGAGUCACCCGCUGGAGUUGGUUAUUCUUACUCCGAUGACCAAAAAUAUGCAACCAAUGAUGACGAGGUGGCAGAUAACAACUACCUGGCUCUGCAGAGCUUUUUCGCAAAGUUUCCAAAUUUCACCAAGAAUGAGUUUUACAUUUUUGGCGAAAGUUACGGAGGCAUCUAUGCACCCACACUCAGUCUGAGAGUUGCUACUGGUGGUCAGCUUAAAGUCAACUUCAAGGGCUUUGCUGUGGGAAAUGGCAUUAGUAGUUUUGCACUAAAUGACCAGUCGUUAAUCUACUUUGGUUACUAUCAUGGCCUAUUUGGAGAACAGUUGUGGAAGGACCUGAAUGACAAUUGCUGUGAAAAUGGAGUCUGUAACUUCUACAACAAUUCUAAAGAGUCUUGCUCUGUUCUGGUAUCACAUUCAUUUAAUAUAGUGUAUAAUUCUGGAUUGAAUGAAUAUGCACUGUAUCUUGAUUGUGCUGGAGGUGUUGGAUUUCAGAAGAGCUAUCAGAGAACCAUGAUGCAUCUGUUUAGAAACUUCAGGAAGCAUUGGGAAUCCAAUAAUUUAGUGGAAAGUUCUCCAACGAUUAAGGGGGUGCCUCCGUGUAUAAAUAGUACUGCACAGAUUAACUGGCUGAACCGAGCGGAUGUAAGAAAGGCUUUGCACAUCCCUGAUGUACUACCAUCAUGGGACAUCUGCAGUGAUGAAGUGGGUGCCAAGUAUCGUACAAUCUAUGAAACUGUCAAGAAAGUCUAUCAAAAGCUACUGGCUUCAGGGCUAAGAGCUUUGGUUUAUAAUGGAGACACUGAUAUGGCUUGUAACUUCCUUGGAGACCAGUGGUUUGUCGAAGACCUUGGACAGAAGGCAACCACAAUGUACCAGCGCUGGUUGUAUGAUAACCAGAUUGCAGGAUUCUACCAACAAUUUGGCAACAUCACUUUCCUCACGAUCAAGGGCGCCGGUCACAUGGUUCCUCAGUGGGCUCCUGGUCCAUCUCUCCACAUGCUUGACCAUUUCUUGUCCAAUAACCCUUACUGAUUUUCCUCCAGACCACGUUCUGUCUCAAAGCACCACAUUGGUUUUUCAGAGGUUGUUCUGUAUGUGUUCUUAAGUAACUGUGUGAAAAUAGGAAUUAAUUGGACCGGAAGUUGAGCCUUUAUUUUCUCCAGGACUAUAGGUAUAUUUGUUUUUUAAUAUGAUUGGAAUUUGUUGAAACGCUUUUAUAUUGUUGAUUGUUUUACGAGCUUCCAAUGCCACACUAUGGCGAUGCAGAUCAUAAUUUUCUAUUCCAGAAAUGUCUCCAUCAACAGCACUGUUUAAACUUUUCAAUCUUAGUUUAGUUAGGACAUGCCAUUUGUUCUUUUAAAAGCAGCAUUGAUUUCACAUAGGUAAAUAUGUCUUCCAAACGCAGUCUACUUUUAUAGUAGUUUUGAUUAUUGUUAUAUGCUGUUUGUAAAUUUUGUGAAAUAAAUUUCUGAAUGAA